AGAGGGGCGUACGGCGUACGGUAUCUAGUCGCCCAUAGCGAGGCUACCAAAAUAAAUUUAGUUCUGGUCCUAGGCCUAUCCUCGGCCCACAUUUUGACAGUGUGUGGUCACUGGCCGGACUUGAAACUUUAAUGGCACUUCAAAGCGUUGUAUUCAGACUUUGUGAGUUCGGGGAUUAAAAGGAAAGACGACAAUGGCUUCUUCCAGACCCCAUGAGAGGUCUUCAACAGCCAGGCCAGAGACAGACGGUUCUCUUAAGCCUCGUACAUCACUAGAUUCUUGUCUUGAUUCGGGUGUCCAGCUUGCAUCUCUGCUGGAUGAUCCAGACCUGCAAACUUUGAACAAUCUUGGCGAUGAAGGCCAAAGUGAAUCAGGCUCAAGAGACGGGGCUGAACACAUUCCUCUUGCAUCUCUGCCGAAUGAUCUAGACGUGUCUAGUUUUAACGAAUUUGGCAAUGAAGGCCAAAGUGAACCAGGCUCAGGAAACGGGGCUGAACACAUUCCUGCUACAGGUUCUUCUGCCGUUUACCGGGAGGGUUUUUUGACUGCCGAUCCAGAGACAGAUGGUUCUCUCAGCGGUGAUAAUCUUCAAAGUGUUAGUGAUUGUUCAAGUUUCCAGCUUGCAUCUCUGCCGGAUGAUCUAGACGAGCCUAGUUUUAACGAAAUUCGCAAUGAAAGCCAAAGUGAACCAGACUCAGGAGACGGGGCUGAACACAUUCCUCUUGCAUCUCUGCCGGAUGAUCUAGACGUGUCUAGUUUUAACGAAAUUGGCAAUGAAGGUCAAAGUGAACCAGACUCAGGAGACGGGGCUGAACACAUUCCUGCAACAGUUUUUUCUGCCUUCCCCCAGGAGGGGUCUUAUCUCAGCGGUGAUGAUUCUCAAAGUGUCGGUGUUGGUUCUGACCUCCAGUUGGCUUUUCUGGCUGAUGAUCGACAUCCAGAUAGUGAAGAAGGCCCAAGUGAAUCAGCCUCAGCAGAGGUAGCUGGACAUGUUCCUAACAUGACUAGGAUGAGCCGGGCGUAUGAUCAACAUAUCCCUCGUGAUGAUGGCAACUAUAGAGGAAUGACUCGGGAUUCACAAGAGGAGCGAGAAAAUAGAAGAAUAAGGAUACGGAAUUCUCAUUGCAAGACGUGCCUUGGAGGUACGGCAGAAACAUUGAAUCUGCCUUGCAGACACGUCAGCUACUGCAAAGAGUGUGCUGCUAUAAUGAAAAAAUGUACCAUAUGUGAGACUAUAAUUGAUCAUUACAUAGAUGUUCUUCUUUCCUGAUACAUUUUUUUAAAUUACAAAAAUGCUUUAAUCGCCUGGAAACGUGUAAAAACAGUCGCCCUCUUGUGCAGAGAGUGUACUGCUAUAUAUAAUGAAGAAAUGUGCCAUGUGUGGGAAUAGAAUUGAUGAUUCCUUUCAAUUCGACACUUCGAGGCUCUGGACUACUUAAGACCAAGGUCUACAUUGAAAACAGAAAGCUAGACAUAAAUUUCCAUCCAUGUAUUUGUCAUAACCAUACUUCACUGAGAUUUCCUUCCUUCCUGAUACGUUUUUUAAAAUUACAAAAAUGCUUUGGUUGCCUUGGAAACAUGUAAAAACAGUCGACAUCUUGGAAUGGGAUUUGGGGUCUAUUUCAAUGGCAUUUUUCAGUUGUUAUCAAUUUCAGAGUCAUGAAUGUUGGCACACAUAUAACUAUCGACCUCAGGAACAUUUUUUCACAUUUUUUUCUCUAAUAAAUAAAUGAAUAACUGUCUUUUAAACGAAUUAUCAGAAUUUGUGUGUCUAUUACACAAUUAUAGGCCCCUGCCAAAAAUUU